UGAUAAGUCCAAGUGUAUUUUUAGCCCUCUAUGCUUUCAUAUGGCUGGACACGGGAGUAAGAAAAUAGAUAUAUACAGACCCUCGCAACAGCAGACAAAACUUUAAUCAAUUUCCAACUGAAACAGUUCUGACAGUGACAGAUAGAACGGAGAUAUGAGUUUCACAAUUGCAAAAGUCACAACAGAUAAAAGUCACCAACCAGACGAAACUCUAAUUCUCAAAGUGACCACAGACUCAAACAAUGACACGCAAAAACAAAACUUUGACUUGAAACUGGAAAACAAUGUGGUGAAAUGCAAGAUUCAAAAUGAACCGGGGAGUCAAGAGAUUCAGAACAAAGGUAGAGAAGAAAAAGCCACAGAAGCCUGCCUGAAUAAAAACAGUGACCCAGGAGGUGCACAGUCAGUUGAGCAAAAUCAUUCCUUCACCACUAUACCAUUACAAGUGCUUCCGCGUAAGGAAACCUUGCAGAAUUUCGAAGGGAAGUUAAGUGAAGAUCAACGACCAAGCACCAAGCGUCAGCUGUCUGCUGAGAGCGCAGCAAAGUCUGUAAGUGUAAGGAAGAGAAGCACUGUGAAGAAAUGCCAGGAGGAGACUGUGAAACCCCCCAUCAUCCCCGGCACACAGACCGCCAGACACUACCUACCUGACGUCUCUCAGAGGAAACCCAGAAAACUGCUGUUCUCCACUACAGAAAUUUUCAACAAAAUAGACACAUUCGCUAUUGAGAAAGGAAAAGAGCUGAGGGAGCUGGAAGUAUUCAAUGCUCAGAGUAUUGUUCGUGCGGUCACUGAAGGGACCAGAAAUGAUCUGGAAAAACUCAGGGCCAUAUGGAUCUGGCUGUGCCAUAAUAUUGAGUAUGAUUUAGAGGGAUACCUUGGUCUUUCUCAGAAGAUCUGCUCACCUGAUGAGGUAAUAAGGACGGGAAAAGGUGUAUGUAGUGGAUAUUCUAACCUCUGUGUUGAAAUGUGCAGAGAGGUGGGCAUUGACUGCGUGGAGGUGAGUGGGUACAGCAAAGGCAUGGGAUACCAGACCGGGCACAGUUUAGCUGAGAAGCACUCCGAUCAUGAAUGGAAUGCUGUCUUCGUGGGGGGGCAGUGGUGUUUGCUCGAUGCUUGCUGGGGUGCUGGAACUGUCAACAUGAAAACUCAAACAUUUGUGAAAAGGUAUGACGACUAUUAUUUUCUGACUGAACCCAGUGAGUUCAUAAACUCACAUUUCCCUGACGACCAGACCUGGCAACAACUUAACAUGCCAAUCUCCAUGGAAGAGUUUGAAGAGAGACCCCUGAAGACCUCAGCAUUUUAUCAAUUUGGAUUGACCCUCUCACAACCCACACAGUACAAAACAACCACAGACGACGGGGAAGCGAUAGUGUCCAUGAGCUUCUCUAAUCCACUGACCUUUACCUAUGCGAUGAGGCAGCAUGACCCCUUGACAGGAGCUCCAAAGCACGAGGAGGUUGAAAGCUCCUGUGGUCUUCUGUCAGUGACUCGCCAAGGGAUGAAGCUGCGUUUGUUGCCCCCAGAACCCGGAGUCUACGUGGUGCAGCUAUUCGCCCGGCGAGAGGGUGAACCUGGGACUCUGCGCUGGGUUUGCUCUCUUGAGCUAGAGUGUCCCAGUAUCCACCAGAGGCAGACGCUACCCGAUAACCCCUAUCUGAACUGGGGCUUAGCAGCCGGGGCCUUGGGCCUAGGGGUCAAGGGCUGCAGCGUCAAAGGAGGAGAAGCUCUAGAGGUGGGUGAGGGUGGGGAGUGCAAGGUGAUCCUAGCAACAUCACGACCGCUGAUGGUGGUGUGUGAGCUCACGCACCACGAGCUCGACGGUGCUGCGGCCAAGCGCUGCCUUGCAUUGCAAAUAGCAUCAGACCAGCUGGUGUGCAAUGUCAUCUGCCCGUACAAAGGGUUUUACCGUCUGUCUGCAUUCGUACGGGAUUACGAAGAUGCAAGUGGGACUUUUCAAAACGUCGGGAACUACCUGCUGCACUGUCGUGGUCAAGGGUUGAAUCCGAACGUGCUGUAUCCCGACGAGCUGGGCUUGUGGUGUGGACCUGGGACGCGUACCCAAGAAGCCGGACUUUCCCAUUUUAGCCACACAGGGGCGAUAGUCAAUGCACCGCAGGGCCGUUGCAACAUCACCUUCCAUCGUGCCUCUCCAGACUUUCAAAUACAAGCAGCGUUCUGCGGCGAGCAGCACAAGGAGGCACGGUUCCCUCUGUCCCGGUAUGUACUCCUGACAUUUACAGACACUAAGGUAACCGUGAGCGUGUGUACGCCUGGAGCUGGGGUCUAUCGUCUGGGGCUUUACGGACGGAAAGCGACUAAACAAGACCACAUGUUGCUGUGUGACUAUAUUAUUAAAAGUAUGUGUGAGAGACAAGGAGAGCCAUUCCCUUGUGUGUAUUUGGCUUGGGGGAAAGGAUGCGUGUUGCUGGAGCCACGUGCAGGUGUGCUGGCUCCUCAAAGUUUGGUGAGUUUUCGUGUGCGGGUUCCAGGUGCACAUCGAGUGUGUGUUAUGGGGGAGAAACGUACGGAUUUGAAAAUGAAUAAGAGCAGAGUUUGGGAAGGUGAGGCUCUCACUGGAAACGCCACACAACUCAAGCUCGCUGCUGUCACCAAGGACACCGAUAUGGAUGAUAUGGAUGUUCUUAUGACCUUUGAUGUUCUUAACCUGGAGAAUGAAAUGUGAACAGAUCUUAAGAGGAUGAAGGCUGUGUUCACACUGCAGGAACAUGUGCUUUAAAUCUUUUUAGAUUCACAGUAAAAUAUUCUCUUUUUUUAAACAAAACUCAGUUCCAGUAGUUGCUUGUCAUGAUAGUAAUAACAGAAAUGUUGGAGACGUUUGCUACAAAACGCACACAAUACUAUGCAAAAGUCAUGGUGCAUUCACUCUAAAAACUGCUGGGUUAUUUUUAAACCAAUGUUGGGUCAAAAAAGAAACAAACCCAGCCACUGGAUUAAAUUAACCCAGCAAAUGGUUUAAAUUUUAUCCAACAAUGGGUAAAAGCAACCCAGCAUUUUGAGUUGAAACAAGCCAGGUUCAUUUAUAACCCAAAGGUUGGGUUUGUCUCUUUUUGACCCAAUGCUGGGUUCAAUUUUUUCAGUGUAUAGUUUCACAAAAACGUUUGUCAAUAUUAUUGUUUUAUAUCCUCUACUUCAGUGUGUCGGUAUGAAAAACAUUUUUAGAUUUCUUAGUCAUAAAGGAGAACCCUAUAAAGCCCUGAUUUUAACAUCAUCAAAUUAGUAAGGGAUUACACGAGGAGAACUCAUAGAGGAAAUAUGACAAGUUCUGACAACAAUUUACUGCCAACUACAUUAAAAAAACCUGUGCACAAGUUUUUAUAAACUAUUUGUUCCAUUCUUUUUGAAAAACCAUUCAUUGCAUCAUGCAUUUUGUGCCUACAACUUUUGCACAGUAUUGUAAGUAUUUUAAGUGGCAAAUUAAAAUAAUAUUUUAAGUAUUGUACAAUUUUACAAUUAAAAAUAUGAUUUUAAAGUUUGUAUGAAAUUUAAAAAGUAGAUUUUCAAAACUGAAUUAGGCACUGUAGCUUGUCGUGUGAACGAAAUGUGAAGAAAUGGUUGGUUUAGUUACAGCAUAAACAUUGUCUUAGAAAACAAUACUGUAUGUGAUCUACAGUUUCUAUUAAUGUUUCUAAAAUACGUUUCUUACGACAUUUAUGUCGGUAUCUGUGAAGUGUAUACUUGAAAUGUAGCAACAGAGAGAGCCUGUCUCCUCACUGCUCUUGGACAUUGAAAGCGUUGAGGACAAAAUUAAAGUCACCUGAUGAAAAAGCUCCUGGACUUCAGUUUGUGCAACAACAGGGACAAUUAUUCUUUUCUUUACAGCAUCCCCCUGGAGUGAUCAAAACAGCAGAAAACAUCUGCCACAAUCAGUUACAAAAUCCUCUGCAUCUGCAUUACAUAUUAACAAAUGUGGAAAUGCUUUGAUGUCACAGAGGAUAAAAAUAUAUAUACCCUAGAGAGAGAUGGUUUGAAAGACAUACCACUCCAGUUCUCCAUGUAGUCAGUGUUGC